AUGAACGCGAACGCCGCCUCCCAACAGUUUUACCAAUUACGGCAAGCAUCCCAAAUGCAACAGCAUCUCCAAGGCGGCACCGGUAUUCCGCUCGGUGGGGUUCCUGUUGGCGGUCCCUACCUACAGUACAAAUCUCCGAGGUUUUUCUUCUUCUUCUUCUUCCUCCUCCUCCUCGUAGACUUCCUAGUUAUGCCCCCAGAUCAGUAUGCAGCGGUCAGUCCAACACUUCUCACCACCAACAAGUUUGGUGAGCUCUCCAGCUCUCAGUCAGAAAUUGCCGAUGAAGCGAGCGUGUAUGCCUCCUUGUACUAA